AUGAGGCGACUACUGAAUGUGGAGCAGGCAGUGCAGCGCUUCGAGCAGGAAGGCGCAGAGGGAGACGCGGAGUCAGAGUCCGAGCCAGAGAGUGAGGACUUUGACGACGAAGUGGACGAUCCCUCUGAGGAAAGGGAGAACGAGGAGCCCCCGAUGUGCCUCCUCUCUGGGCCUUGGAAGACAGAGGAGGAUCCCGACACCGCCCCAGCUGUAAGCAGGUUUCAGCCACGAAGAACACCGGGAGUCCAGGUAGAGACACUUUCCUCCCAAAGUCCAAAAGACCUUUUUCUGUUGUUUUUUGCCACCGACACAGUCAGGACAAUCUGCCGUAACACCAACAAAAAUGCUGCGAAAAACAAGGAAUUAGGGAAGGAAUACAGCUGGACUGACAUAGAGAUAAAGGAGCUGUACAGCUUUUUUGGUCUGCUGAUCUACAUGUCGUUGGUGUCGCUGCCAAGACUCCAAGACUACUGGCGACAGAAUCACAUUUUGUCUGUGCCUCUUCCAGCCAAAGUGAUGUCCAGGGACAGGUUCCGCUCCAUAUUUUGGAACAUCCGCCUCAGUGAUCCUGAGGAGGAUGUGGAAAACGACAGGAAGACGGGAACACCAGGCCAUGACAAACUGUUUAGAGUCAGGCCUCUUUAUGAUGACAUUCUCGAUGCCUGCCAGGCUUAUUACCACCCGAGGAGGGAGCUGGCUGUGGAUGAAAGGAUGGUGGCAACGAAGGCAAAAACUGGUAUUGCACAGUAUAUGAAAGACAAGCCCACUAAAUGGUGGAUGAAACUUUUUGUAUUGGCCGAGUCAAACAGUGGCUACACCAUCAGGUUCAACAUAUGCACAUGCAAGUCUAUGGCUGCAAGUGAGCAUGGGAUGUCCUACGAUGUUGUCAUGAACCUUAUUCGGCCAUCCUAUCUUGGCACUGGGUACCACAUUUACAUGGACAAUUUUUACACAAGUCCCAGACUGUUCAUGGACCUGGCCAGCAUGAAGUUUGGAGCAUGUGGCACCUACAGGGAGAGCAGAAAAGGAUGCCCCAGAGGGAGGGCAAAUGCUCUCACCAAAAAAAGUGGAAACGGAUCUGUGAGAUGGAUCAGAGAGGGCCCACUUGUGUUUGUGAAGUGGAUGGACUCUCAGGAGGUGUCUGUGUGCUCCACCAUCCAUCCUGCAUUUUCAGGACAGACAGUGCAAAGAAUGACGAAGAAUGGAGAUGGACGCUGGGCUGUGAGAAACAUUCCCUGUCCUACACCAGUCAUGGCCUACAAUAAGAAUAUGGGUGGUGUCGACCUGUCAGACCAGCACAUCCAGCAUUUCUACACCCACAGAAAAACUGGUCAGUGGUACAAGACCAUAUUGCUGCACUUCCUGGACAUAGCAGCAACAAAUGCCUUCAUCUUGCACCGUGAGAUUAGCAGUGUCAAGAAGGUGCGGCCCAUGGCACACAAAGACUUCAUGGUGGAGCUGGUGCGUGAGCUUUGUUGCAUGGACAAGCAGGGUGUUCCCCAGAGCAGGAGAGCUGACCACAUCCCUGUGGCCAUUGUCACAGGAGCAGAUGUUGGCCAAAAAGCCACCCAAGGAAGGCUAAAGUGUAAACGCUGCCUCCAGGUGGACAGCAGGAGAUGUGACACACCCUGGAAAUGUCAGGCCUGUGAUGUGCCCCUUUGUCUUGUGGUGGACAGGAACUGUUUUUUGGAGUGGCACAAAUAA